AUGUAUGUACACUACAUCUGUCUCAUCGCCAAAGUCAAGUGCAGCAAAGCGAGACCGUUAUGCGGACGAUGUCUGGCAAACGGCGCCCCCUGCGCCUACAGUCCGUCGUCGAGGUCGGGCAAGAGGAAUCGCAACUCAGCCGGCGUCACGAAACCCAUCAACACCACGGCGGCGCAGAACAACCGCAACAAAAGCCUCGAAAGCCCACGGAGCGCCGCUCUUCCACAGUCAGCCUCAUAUCUCACUCGCUUGAUGUACCCUCUGCUCGACGAUGCAGAUCGAUCCCUCCUCGACCCCAAUACGGGACCCUUGGGUGGCACCACAUCGCCUCUCCUGCAAGUCAACCCGAGCAUCGCAGCCCCCAUGAUUGAUACCAACACAACGAACGGCGAAGAUGUGUUCGACAGCUCCGACUUCCUUCCCACGCCACCCUUUCACCAUGGAGAUUUCAUGGAUUUUAUGCACAUCUCUCAAUCGAACCCGUUCGACUUCUCCACCGCUCCCGUGUCCCCGCGGCCGAGCCCACCCGACCACCUACCCAGCAGCCCACCAUGGACGACGAAAGAGAACCCGUACCUACGACACAAUGCUUACCAAAGUCCCCUCGACAUGAUCCCCAUGAACCACGCGUCGAGCUCGCACACCACCCCACGCCAUCCACCUCCACCCCAGAGCAGCACGAGCAAUUCCAGUCUGAACCAGACCAACGGAGAAAGAGCACAGACGUGCGACUGCUUCGCGGCCUGCCUCUCGGUCCUACAAUCCCUACACAACCACUCGGCCCUGCUGUCAUCCACGCAACAAGGCUCCCCCCCAUUCGACAUCGUCCUGAGCAUCAACCGCGAAGCCAUGGAGACGUGCUCCACCAUGCUCGGAUGCGCCAACUGCGUGUCCAAGAGCGGUCGGAGCAUCUCGACCAUGAUGCUCGCCACCAUUUUCGGCAAGGUGAUGUCAUUGUACAGGGCGGCCUGCUUCCUCCGGUUUGGCCCCUCGACCAGCAUGCAGGCCACGGCCCAGCUGGCCUUUGGCGCCUAUACCGUCACGGGGGAGAACCGGCAGCUGCUCGAGAUCGAAAUCCUCCUGCUCGAGCUGCGCAAGGUCGAAUCCAUCCUCGCCGUCUACUCGGAACGCUUCCGCAACGCUCAGGCGGAAAAGGACGACGAGACGAGCGUGUACAACGCCCUGACCGCCUACCUGGACAAGAACCUGCAUUACAUUGUCGAUUUCUUGCAGAUGCGCAAAGGUGGCGUGGCCAAGUGA